AUGCCUCCCAGACUCAACACAGGGCCGGACGGAACCCUCAACCUCCCCCAUUUGCGACACGACCAUUCUCAUAACCCUCCUUUGAGCGCAACCACAUGCGAUUCCAACAUUUCAGAUUACAUCGGUAGUGGUACCAGUAGCCCUGGAGUGAGCCCUGGGCUCGACCAGCGCCUGGCCGAAUUUGAUGCAUUGCGAUCCGGCGACGACGACUACUUCAAAAACGACUACGACGACCAAGACGACGACAUGGACAGCCAACGACCCCCCCUCCUCCGAAACCACAAUUCCCGCUCAGGACAACCUCUUCUGAACGCAAAGGACGACGAAGAUGAAGACCACCGUGGCAGGAGCUAUUCAACUCGCUCCCGAGGAGCCAGCCCCUUGCUGACCCCGAGUCGACCGGCUUUCUCUCGCGGAUCGACCAUGCGAGCCCACUCUCCCUCGACCAUCACAGCCAACGCGCGGAGGAAAUAUAUCUACGCGGCGUUCUUCCUCGUUCUCAGUCUGUUCUCCUUUGUUGUCCAGACCGAGCUGUCAGCCUACAUCCAACAGGAACUGCACUGGGACAAGGCCUACUGCAUGCUCUACCUGACCCACGGCUCCUGGGCGAUGCUCUGGCCAAUCCAGUUACUGAUCCUGCGAAUCAAUAAGCGCAAAGUUGCAUGGCCAUCCUUUUGGCGAAGACACACCGAGUUGCUUCACACCACCGCCAUAAUGGUCCAGAGACAGGACCUCGACUACGCUCGACCAAGCCCACAGCCCCGCGUAUCCCCAUGGACCUACAUCAUCAAGACCACCGCCUUCAUAACUACUGCGUUGACAAUCGGUGGCCUGAGCUGGUACGUCGCUGUCAAUUUGACGACGCCCUCGGAUUUGACGGCCAUCUACAACUGUUCGGCUUUCUUCGCCUACGUCUUUUCUGUUCCGCUGCUCAAGGAGCCUCUGCGCCUGGACAAGUCUCUUGCCGUUAUCGUGGCCAUUGCUGGUGUCUUGAUCGUUGCGUACGGUGAUACUAGCCCGGGCGAGGACGAUGCCGCUCACCAGCAAGAGGCCGGCAACCGCCUCACGGGCAAUCUGAUCAUUGGCGUUGGUUCCGUCCUGUACGGCCUUUACGAGGUGCUCUACAAGCGAUAUGCCUGCCCGCCUGAAGGCUGUACUCCUAACCGCGGCAUGAUUUUCGCUAACACGAUCGGUUCUUGCAUCGGUGUCUUCACGCUUACGGUGCUAUGGAUUCCGCUUCCCAUUCUGCACUGGACUGGUGUCGAGACGUUUGACCUGCCGACUGGCUACACGGCUUGGAUGCUUCUCUGCAGUGUCAUUAUGAAUGCGACUUUUGCCGGCAGUUUUCUAGUCUUGAUCAGUCUGACUAGCCCUGUCUUGUCCAGCGUUGCAAGUCUGUUGACGAUUUUCAUCGUUGCUAUUACGGACUGGCUGCGGACUGGCGAGCCGCUCAGCGCUGCAGCUCUCAUCGGCGGUGUCAUGAUCAUGAUCGCAUUUGGCAUGUUGAGCUGGAGUACAUGGCGAGAGAUGACCGAGGCUGAAGCCACCAAGGCAGUCGACCUCACCGAUAGCGGCGAUGAUAGCGACAGGGAGCGCGAGGACUAG